CACACACAGUGGUCGUUUCAGAGUGGGGUGAAAUGCAAAGAGUGCCGCAGAGGCAUACACAGAAGAAUCCAUACAAAGCGACUCAUUCUCACAUCGGUCCUCAUGAACAAACCAUCCGCAGCGACAUGAUAUGAUGUGCAAAAAAACUCACACAGUGCACACACAAAAGCCACAUACGCUUCAUAAAAAGGUGUGUCGCCUCUGGCCUUCAUUUCGACCAGCAGUGGCCGGCUCAGCAGAGUGCAUAAAUUGUGCAGUGCAAAGCAGUGCCGCACUGACGCACUCUCUGCUAGCAUCAUCUCGCCGCUCAGAGACGACAACUUGAAAACUCAGGGCAAGGUACAGACAGCUAGGUAGAAGCUGCGCUAGCCUAGAGUAGUGUCCCCUUCAUCACGGUGACAGCCUUGCCCAUGAGCUUGACCCGGUGGCCUCCCAUGACCGGGUCGGCUCCCCCCAUUUCCACACCCACACAACCGCCACGCGCAGAGGCCUGGUAGCCCAACAAGCAUGACUGACCUAGCUUGUCGCACCAAUAGGGCGCCAGGGAGCAAUGCGCACUGCACCACACACACAAAAGACAACAAACGAGAAGGUUGAGCGGUGUCUGUGUGCGCGUAUGUGUGUGUAUGUGUUGUUUGUACCUGCCGGUCACUGGGUCCUCGUCGAUGCCUGACUGAGGCGCGAAGAAACGCGAGAAGAAAUGCACCUGAUAGACAUGGAUUGACCCAUGGGGUAGACACCAAUGAAUAUUGGUGAGUGGAGAUCUGGUCGGCCUUUCCUUCGUGAAAUGGCCUACUUACGUUUUGUCCCGUCUUGGCGACCAGGUGUGGCGUGGCCUUGCUCGUCACAAUCACACCACGCAAAUGCGCAUCCAUAUGCUUCAGCACCUGACGCACAAACAGGCAGACAAAGACACACACACAGAGGGAUGAGGGAUGGAUCGGACACACCAUCAAGAAGGCAAGGCGACAGGCGGGCAUCUUUGACUCCACUCACUCACUCAACGACCUCACCCUAAAGUCAGGCUUGAUGUCCAGGAGGCACACACGACUGCUGUCGACCUCCACGAACGCGUCGUAGAUGCUCCGAUUGACGUAGACGAACGCCUCCCGCCCCACCCCCAAACCAUCCUCGAGCAGCCGCAUCAUAUCCUCGCCCCAAGACGGGGCUGGCAGGGACACAUAGAAAUUCGGCGGGGUGGCCGGGAAGUCCAGCUCAAUCCACUCUGAUGGCGCGGCGCUAGACGAUGAGGCCUGUGUGUCGGUGUGUGCCAAGGGGGGAGGGGUGGGAGGGGCCCACUGCCGUCGCGAGGCCGUGAGUAUGCCGCUCUCGGUCUUGAAGUGGAUGGGCUGGCCUCUGGGGGACAGACCCUCCUCCCACAACGCGUGAGCGGCGCCUGCAAACAAACAACAGAGAAGCACCGAUACAGUCGCCUCUGCGAUUGGCGUGUGUCGGCAGCUCACCUAGUGUCGCGUGUCCGCACAGGUCGAGUUCGGUGGCCGGGGUGAACCAACGGAGGUGGAACAGGGAUGCCCCGUCGUGCGACCCGUUGAGGCGUUGUCCAUCCGCUUUGAGCUCGCUGGCGUCGCGGCGCUCCAAGAAAGAGGUCUCUGCCAGGUUCUGACGAGAAAGAGAGAAAGGCAGUGACGGAGAAUCCAUCCACCCAUUCAUGCGGCGGUCUUUCAUGUGUGUACCAUUUCGUUUGCGAGGCUCUGCAUCCACUCUUCGUCCCCAUUGCGGUGAGUAAAGACCACCGCACACGAGUUGCCCGAGUAGGCCUGCAUUCAUGCACCAUCCCAUCCAUCCCUCCAUCCAUCCCUCCUUCCAUGGUUGCCGUCCCUUGUCGCGCACCUCAUCGGUGAAGGCAUCCACCUGCAGCACCAUGCUCGCCUGCUGCCUCACGUCUGCCAGGUCCAUGCUCAUCUGGAACCAGCUGUCCUUGCCCAGCUCCACUGACGACAGCCCCUCGACAGUGAAGCCGCACGAGCGGUAGAAACGGAGAAGUGGCGCCUUGGAGAUGAGCAGGACGUGCUGCAGGGAUGGGUCGUAGAGACUCAUGAGCUUGAUGUAGCAGAGGAAGAGCUUUCUCGCCAGCCCCUUUCCCCUCUCCUCCCGCCUGAUGACCACUGAGCUCACAUACGCACUCUCGCCAUCUGAAUGCACAACACACACACAUCCAUGCACACAGACGCUGCUCCACCACACAAUGGAAACCUCAUUUCCGGACCUGGUACAUGGGUGGCCAUAACCUCGUGUGUCAGCACCCUGCCGGAACACCGCAAUCCGUUGACGAAGCCGGCGAGGCCCCCCAUCUCAUCAUAGAGGCCGAUGGUGUACCCCGGGGCCUUCUCCAGUCGAUACUGAAGCUUCGCCAGCGACACUCUCUCGUCCUCGGGGUAUGACGCCACCUCCAGCUCAUGAAGUGCCGUGGCCUCCGUGGCAUUUGGGAAGCGGAGAGAGAAGCCGCCGGCCGUGAGGGCAUCGUGCUCGACGCAACCGAGGGCAGGCAACGAAGAUCCAGGCGCAGUGGUGAAUGAAGGUGCCGCCACUCUCGUGCGUCUGAUGGUGGCCAGGUCCAAGCUCAUGUCGAACCAGCUGUCCUUGCCGUGGACGACCGACGACAGCCCCUCGACAGUGAAGCCGCACGACCGAUAGAAGUGCAGCAAUGGCGCCUUGGCGAUGAGCAGGAUGUGCUGGAGGGAGGCAUCAUAGAGGCCCAUCAGCUGCACAUAGCAGCGCAUGAGUUUCCUCGCCAGUCCUUUCCGCCUGUCUUCCUGCCGGAUGACCACAGAGUGGACGCACAAGCUCUCACCACCUGCAACCACACACAUAGACAAAUACACAUGAGUCAACACGAAUGCAGUCCUCUCUGUCGUUUGACACACACGUGGGCGGACCUGAUUCAUGUGCAGCCAUGCUCUCAUGCGUCAGCACCUUGCCGAAACAUCUCGUGCCGUUGACAAAGCCGACCAGUCCACCCGUCUUGUCGUAGAGAGCGAUGAAGUAGGGCAGGGCUGCCUCAAGACGGCUUUGGAUCUUCGGAAGAGACGCUGCUUCAUCCUCAGGGUAUGACGCCGCCUCGAGGGCAUGAAUGGCCGACGCUUCUGAUGCAUUUGGAAAGCGCAGAGAGAAACCGCUGGCUGUGAGGGCAUUGUACUCGACACAGCCAAGGGCAGGCAGCAAAGAUCCGGGCGCAACAGCCACCAUCUCCGCUGAUUCGAUUGCGAAACUGCAGGCGAGAUUCGCGAAUCGAGAUUUCGAGACUGGGGGUUUUCUCAAGCCCCACGGCAU